GCCCAACUUGUCUUCACGGGAUGUUGAUGGCAAGUCUACCUAUGUAUGUGCAUACAGCAUGUCGCCUAAUUUCCCAGUGUGCAUGAAUAAAUUAAGAAUGGCCACCUGGGCGAGACCGGUGUCCAUACCCAGGGUGGUGCCUUCCUGAUUAGGUACCUGCCAGUUGACUGAGUCGUUGGUCAAAGUGGGUCCGCCCGGAGCUGUCACAUGUGCCGCUCCGCGCUCAGUGAUAUUCCGAAAUCCCGCCCCGCCAGAUAACUUCCGCCAUUCUUCUCCACCUCCGCGGAAUUGAAUCAUCCCAUACCCAUUUGUUUUGUCCCAAUAACCUCAUUCGACCAGUCAUUUGUCAAAAUGGACUCGGGAACCCCUGAAACUGCGAGCCGUGCAGGCUCCGUGCCUGCGGGCAGCUUCCCUACUGAUCCGUCGGAGUUCGAUAAGGAUCCGCGCGUGUCUUUCUCCAAGCUUGACAACCAGUACAUUCUGGAGACUGAUGAUGACCGUGAGUUCCUCUGGGAUACCGGUAUCAAGCGCUGGGUCGAGUCGAUCGACGAGGAGCUCUUGCGCCAGCAGCAGGAGGCCUACAAGGUCGAAGGCGUCGAUGAGACUGAGGCCGCUCACCCCCGGGAUCGCAAGCGCAAGCAGAACCAUGACGCGGCCAAUGAGCCGAAGCAGAAGAAGCCCCGCGUGAACUGCGCCGUUUAUGUCACCUCAAUCCCCCUCGAUGCGACCAUGGAGGAAAUCAAUACUGUUUUCAAGAAGUUCGGACUCAUCACUGAGGAGAUCGACACCGGAAAGCCUCGGAUCAAGAUGUACGAGGAUGAGGCUGGUAACUUCAAGGGUGACGCCCUGGUUGUGUAUUUCCGGUCUGAGUCGGUAGACAUUGCGAUCCAGAUGCUCGAUGAGACGGAUUUCCGUUAUGGUGUCACCGGGCCCCAUGGUCCGAUGCGAGUCCAGGCUGCCGAUGCUGCCUGGAAGAGUGAUGAGGCGAAUCAGAAGCCUGAUCAGAACCAAAAGCAGUCGACCAGGUCCAAGACUGAUCAACGAAAAAUUGCAGAGCGCGCAAAGCGAUUCAACGAGAAACUCGGCUGGGAUUCCGAAGAGGAGGGCCCAGUCUAUACCAAGUAUGACCACAUGGUCACUUUGAAGCACAUGUUCACGCUUAAGGAACUGGAUGACGACCCAGCUGCCAUUCUUGAAAUCAAAGAGGAUAUUCGCGACGAGUGUGAAAAGUUUGGCGAGGUUACCAACACUGUGCUUUACGACCUUGAGCCCGAGGGGGUGGUCACUGUCCGUUUUAAGGAUCCAGCUGCUGCCCGCAGCUGUGUCGAGGCCUUUUCUGGUCGCAAGUUCAGCGGUCGAGAAGUUGUCGCCUACGUCCAAACCGGCCGUGAGAGAUACCGCAAGUCUGGCACCCAACGCGAUGCCCUCGAGGGAAUUGAUACCGAGGCAGAGGAGCAGAAGCGUCUUGACCGAUUCGGAGAUUUCCUCGAGGGCAAGUGAACGCACAAUGAAGAGGAUGAGAUAGGAAGGUGCGGUGAGGUGCGGUGAGGUGUGGUGUGGUGAGGUGAUGCGAGGUUAAUGUCUGCAAAUUUCUAAGCGAAUACCCGAUGUACAAUAGUGUAAGAGUGACAAUGAAGCACUGAAAGAG